AUGAAUUCGGUGGAAAUCGAAUCGGGACUUAACGCUGCUGUCAACGCGGCUGACGUUAUGCACCUUCCUGCACCAGCCGCGAUUGAGGCGACUAGUCGCCUUCGGCUUGCGGACAGCGUCAUCAAGCUUGACAUGCCUGCCAAGCUUUUGCCGGAAAUGUCGACCGAAGAUGCCGUUGCUGCUCUUGACAAGUUGCCUAUAGUGGACGCAAUAGGCGAGCUCUCAGGAGCGCUAAAAGACCCGGAUCUCAUUUAA